AGUCGCAAACAUCGUUCGUUAACCAUCGGUCAAUUAACUCAAAGAACAAAGACCAAUAUUUCAAAAAAUUAAUUUUCAGUAUUCAUUUUAUUACUAAUAAUCGAGAAAUUUUUUUUCAAUUUUUCUGCAACUAAAACUUUUUUUAUACUAUUUUUAUGGUAAUUAAUUAUUGCUUAAUUAUUUUAAUUACAAAUCACAAGGUCUGAAGACAAUGAGUGAAUAUUAAACAAUAAAUAGAAUAAAAUAUAAAUUUAUUUCAAAUUAAGGAAAUUACAUUAGUAAUAAAAAAAUAUAAAUAUUGGUGCUUUAUCAAGUAUUUGAAUAUUCAAAAAUAAACCAUCUGGGCCCAGAAGAGUGACAAACGUGAAAUGAGUUAAAUGCAUUAGGUAUAAAAGUAUUAAAUUAUCAUUUCCACGGUAGUUUAUUAAUCUAUAAAAUUAUAUAGUUAAUAAUUUAUGACUGCUGUGAUCUCUUCGUUCUUUCAUAAUGAGCGUUUGGAAUCAAUUAAAUGUAUUAGAACAUGCCACUUCCGCGAUAUCAAGAGAUGACCUUAGAAAUAGUACUCGCCGAAGAAAUUUAGCGACUAUCGAAAAAUUACCUGAUAAAGUAAUUCUCAAUAUUUUUGCAUACUUGUCUCAUCGUGAAAUUUGUCGACUAGCUCGUGUUUGUAAACGUUGGCGUCAAAUAGCUUACGAUACAAGAUUAUGGACACAUGUUUCAUUGAGACCUGAAGUCAGUGGACUUCAUGUCAAUUCACUUGAAAUGCUUCUGCAACUUAUAAGUGUACGUUUCGGAGCUUCACUACGAUACAUCGAAUUGCCAAUUGAACUUAUUACUCAUACGGUACUGCAUGAAUUAGCCAAUAAGUGUCCAAACUUAACUGCCAUGCUUUUGGAUUUUUCAACUGCAAUGCAGCUUCAUGAUUUUUCUGAAAUGCAAGCUUUUCCAACUAAACUUAAAUACAUGUGUAUAUGUUUAUCCGAAGUUAUAUUUAUGGAAGGUUUCAUGAGGAAAAUAUACAAUUUUAUCAAUGGCCUUGAAAUUCUUCAUUUAAUUGGUAAUAGUACAUAUGAGAAAAUUGAAGAAGAAGAAGAAGAAAUUUAUGAAGUAAUAAACGUCCAUAAAUUAAAAUCAGCAACUCCAAAUCUUCGUGUAAUUAAUUUGUAUGGAAUAAAUUUUGUGGAUGAUUCACAUAUUGAUGCAUUUUCAUCAAAUUGUAUCCAACUUGAAUGUUUGGCGGUUAAUUUUUGUUCAAAAGUCACUGGAUCAACUAUGAAAACAUUAUUCCAAAGGAGUAGACGAUUAAAAUGCCUUCUUAUGCAGGGAACUAACCUUCAAAGUGAAUACGUCAUGCAGGUUGAAUGGGAAAAAUCAAGUGUCCAAGAAUUAGAUAUUACAGCAACGGAUUUAUCAACUGAAUGCUUGAUUGACAUGUUAACGAGAAUUCCGGGUCUGAGAUUUUUAAGCGCUGGACAAUUGAAUGGCUUCAAUGACAGUGUUCUGAAAGCUUGGGCGGAUGCAGGAAAUCCGCGAAAUUUAAUAGCACUUGAUCUUGAUAGUUCCGACAAUCUUACAGAUGAUGCUUUGCAUAAAUUUCUUUCACGAUAUGGGCAUCAAUUAUGGGGUAUUGCACUGUCUGGUAUGCCACAUAUUACUGAUCAACUUUGGCAAAGCGUAUUGCCAAUACUGACAAAUGCCAAAAUUCUUGUUAUGGGAACACAAGAAAGACUCGGCGUCAAUAUUCACGUAGAUCAAUUAAUGGACGGUAUUGCAAAUAAUUGUCCAAAUUUAGAACGAUUGGAAUUACGUUGGGAUCCGGAGAAUCUUCGUUUUUCAGAUAAAAGUCAGAAAGCAAUUGAUGUUCUACGGGUUAAAUGCAUUAAACUAAAGUGCCUUGUACUCAGCGAUGGAAGAUAUUACGAAGUCGUAAAAGCAAACUUUGAGCGUGCAGACAGAACUACUGUUGUUCGUACGACAACAUGCUCCAGAGUUACUAACUACUACCUGUUGCAGAAUUAUAAAGACUUGAUCUUUAAUUGAUUUAAGUUUUUAUAAACUUUAUAUAAAUUUGCUUUUAAAUAAUUAUUGCCUAUACAUGUUUAAUUUCGACAAUAAUUUUCGGUUUAUUUUGAAAUCAUUAUAAAAGUAAUUAAUAAAAAUAUUAUAUUUCAAUAA